UAUAGGAAGUGGUAGCUUGCUGUCGGACACAAAUAUAGUACAUUUUUUUACAAAGAAUUCCUUCAGUCCAAGUCAAGAUGGCGAAUUUGUUUGUCCGAAGAACAUUGUCCUAUAAUCAGUUUAGGACGUUGCAUAAGACUGCAGUUAAUCACAAUGUGCCAGUACCGAUCACUUUCAACAGUUACAAGAACCAGCAAAAAUUCCGAGAAGUCCAGUCAGAAAUGUUGAGCACCUUGAUGACCAGCCCCAAGUUUGAGAAUCAAAUAGAAGACGUUAAGCGUUGGAUGACAAAGUUGCUAGAUUACACGCUAGAAGGUGGAAAAAGAAGCAGAGGUUUGGCAGUGUCAUUUGCGUAUGAAAUGAUGGAAGAUCCCAAAUACUUCACUGAAGACAACCUGCACAGAGCACGAAUUUUGGGGUCGGUCGUGGAAAUAGUGCAAGCCUAUCUCCUAACUGUGGAUGAUAUAGUGGACGCGUCACAAACUCGCCGAGGCAAGGAGUGUUGGUACCUGCACUCCGAUGUUGGGCUCGGAGCAGUCAAUGACUGUGGCGUCCUGCUAACCUGUGCUGUAGAAGUAAUGGACCUCUACUUCGGAAAGGAACCAUUUUUCCCAGAUUUAAUCAAGAUUACCAAUGGGACUCUGUUACAAACAUCAGUAGGUCAGUAUUUGGAUUGCUCAUCUGGCUACAACAAGAAGAAGAAUAACCUUGACAAAUUCACAAUGGAGCUCUUCGAUACAAUAGCAUACCAGAAGACUGGCAUCUACUCUUUCAAAUUCCCUAUGCUCCUAGCUCUUACACUAGUAAAAGACGGAAAGAACAAGUACUCAGAAGAAGCAAAUAAGAUUGCUUGGGACUUGGGCAGGCUUCUACAAUUUCAGAAUGACUACAAAGACGUGUUCGUGGACGAUAUCAAAACAGGGAAGAUAGGCACGGAUAUUCAAGAAGGUAAACUAACCUGGUUUGCCGUAACAGCGCUGCAGCGCUGCACUGACGAACAACGUUCCAUCUUCAAAGAAAACUACGGCAGCACCGACCCUGAACAUGUGAAGCGCAUCAAGCAGCUUUUUGAUGAAUUAGAAAUGGAAAAAGUGUAUAAAGAGUAUGAACGUUCUGUAUAUGAAGAUUUAGUUCGCAGAAUUCGAGCUCUGCCGACUAAAGGAGAGAUACAAUUUUACUUAGAAGUUUUAGAAGCGAGUUGUAGACAUCUGUACUGAUUUAUAGGUCUAGGCCUGUCUUUCUUGCCUGCCCCCAUGGGACACAGGCGUGAGGUUAUGUAUUUAUAUAAUAGCCUGUCUUUCUUAACAUACGUUUAUGUAAAUGAUAAAUCUAUUAAUAUGAAAAAAAAUAAUAGUACUUAUAAAUGAGUAGGCCUAUUAUAAA